GGCGCCGCGCCGCAGUGUCAUUCGGUUCGGAGCGAGCGUGCCGUGUGGGUCCAGCUGAGGACCUCAGUGCUGUCAUGACCAGGCUCUCCAUACUCGCAUUGGGCCUGCUGGCCGUGGCCGCGAAGGCCAACAUCUCCGGAUUCAACUCGUUCAGCUCCAGCGUGGUGCACUCGUCCGGGGACCAUUUCUCGCCACCGUUCGGCCGGCCGCCGAGGCCGGGACCGCUCGGUCACGGGCCCGGUCCCGGCCCGCACUCGGGACCGGCCGGCGGACCCGGACCACAGUCCGGACCCUACGAGGACACCUGCGCACUCAUCAUCCCCGGCCCGGGCCGGUCGUCGCAGUACGACCACACCCGUAACGUGCUGCAGGGACCUGGCGGCGGCCCGCCCUACGCCGGCAAGGACACGUGCAUCACUUUCGACGCCAUCAACGCCGCCUUCGACAAGGCCACGCGGCGGUACCACCUGCGGACCAAGACCCGGGAUGUGGAUGUGGAGGAUGUGGGCCGCCUGGGCAUGGCUCUCACCUCUGUCGCUGAAUACAUCGCCCGAAUGUACGACCUGCCGCGGGACGCCAUCGCCUCGGGCCUGCCGCUCAUCGACACGACCAAGACGCUGAUCGGCUCCUUCUGCCCGAUCUUCCUCAACGGCUACGACCAGUGCGAGGUCACGCGCUACCGCACCGUCGACGGCAUGUGCAACAACCUCGAGUUCCCGCACUGGGGCGCGGCGCGCAACACCUUCCGCCGGCUGCUGGCGCCCGACUACGCUGACGGUGUGAACGCCCCGCGUGUGGGCGCCGAGGGCUACCCCCUGCCGAGCCCGCGCCGCGUGUCCGCCUUCCUGCACAAGGACCUGGGCCAGCACGACCACGCCGUCACCAUGAUGCUGGUGGCCUGGGGACAGGUGAUCGAUCACGACAUCACCUUCACCGGCGAGAUGAAGCCCGAGGAGAAAGACCGCAACGGCCGGCCCAAGAUGCCCGACUGCUGCAACGACCCGCGCCACGCCGACAACCCGCAGUGCUUCCCGAUCGAGAUCCCGGCCGACGACGAGUUCUACGGCCUCUACAGCCAGAAGUGCAUGAACGUCAUCCGCUCGCUGCCCGGCGUGCACCACAAGUGCAAGCUCGGCCCCCGCGACCCUAUCAAUACGGUCACCUCGUACCUGGACGCGUCGUUCGUGUACGGCUCCGACGAGAAGACGGCCCGGCGCAUGCGCGCGUACCAGGGCGGCCUGCUCAAGACGCUGCCCGUAUUCCGUGAGUUCGGCCUCAAGGACCUGCUGCCGCCCAACCUGCACGCGCCCGACGAGGGCUGCAUCCGGCCCUCCAAGGACAUCUACUGCUUCGACGCCGGCGAUGGCCGUGUGAACGAGCAGCUGGUGCUGGCCAUCAUCCAGACCAUGUUCGUUCGCGAACACAACCGCAUCGCCUACGAGCUGGGCCACAUCAACCCCCACUGGGACGACGAGACCAUUUACCAGGAGACUCGUCUGAUCAUUGGAGCGCUGGUGCAGCAGAUCACGUACAACGAAUUCCUGCCGAUGGUGCUCGGCAAAGAGGUCAUGACCAAGAACGCCAUGGUGCUAGAGAAGCGUGGCUACAACCACAAGUACGAUCCGACCGUGGACGCUUCCACGUCGAACUCGUUCAGCUCCGCCGCCUUCCGCUUCGGCCACUCCAUGCUGCCGCACAGCAUCGAGCGCUGGUCCAUCACCGGGAAGUACAUCGACUCCAGCCGCCUGAGCAAGCAGCUUCGUCAGCCGUACGAUAUGUAUAAGGGCGGCUUCUGCGACCAGUACACCAUGGGCCUGAUGAACCAGGUGGCGCAAGCCAUGGACGACGCCGUCAGUCAGGAGGUCACCAACCACCUGUUCCAAAUGCCCGAGCACCGCUUCGGCAUGGACCUGGCCGCCAUCAACAUGCAGCGCGGCCGCGAGCACGGCAUCCCGGGAUAUAACGACUACCGCGAGUACUGCGGCCUGCCGCGCGUCAGGGACUUCUACGAGCUCAACAGCAUCAUGUCCAACUCCACCGCCUCCAGCUACGGCAACGUCUACAGACAUCCGGACGACAUCGACCUGUGGUCGGGCGGCCUCUCCGAGAAGCCGCUGCCAGGCUCCAUGGUCGGGCCCACGCUGGCCUGCGUCAUCGCCGAGCAGUUCCGCGUGCUCAAGUACGGCGACCGAUUCUGGUUCGAGAACCAGGGCUACCCCAGCUCGUUCACACACGAGCAAAUCGAUGAGAUCCGCAAAGUCAAGCUGAGCAACUUGAUCUGCGACAACUCCGACCAGAUUGACAAGGUUCAGAUCUACCAGAUGGUUCUGCCCGACCACGAAAUCAACCCCAUCACGCCGUGCGCGGCACUGCCGCGUCUGGACCUGCGCAAGUGGAAGGACCUGGGCGGGCCCGGCUACGGCCCGGUGCCGCACCCAGUGUACGACACGGCCUCCCCGCAACAGAUCAUGUUCGUGGUGCCGCCCAAGCACUCGCACCGGCCCAAAAACAACAAGGCGCCCGUGUACGUGCCAAAGUCCACCGGCGGGUACGGCCCGGAGAGGCAGCAUGGCUCGUCGCAGACGCACAAGAACAGCCUCCUGGAGCCGCCAAGGAAGACAAGCGGCGGCCACGCCGCUCCUCAGCCUCAGCAGGAGUACGGUGCUCCCCAGACCCAGCAGGAGUACGGCGCUCCUCAGCCUCAGCAGGAGUACGGCGCACCUCGUCCCCAGCAGGAGUACGGUGCUCCCCAGCCUCAGCAGGAGUACGGCGCUCCUCAGCCUCAGCAGGAGUAUGGAGCUCCCCAGCCCCAAAAGGAAUACGGCGCUCCUCAGCCCCAAAAGGAAUACGGCGCUCCUCAGCCCCAGCAGGAGUAUGGCGCUCCUCAACCCCAAAAGGAAUACGGCGCUCCUCGUCCCCAGCAGGAGUAUGGUGCUCCCCAGCCACAGCAGGAGUACGGCGCUCCUCAGCCCCAAAAGGAAUACGGCGCUCCCCAGCCCCAGAAGGAAUAUGGUGCUCCUCAGCCCCAAAAGGAAUACGGCGCUCCCCAGCCCCAAAAGGAAUAUGGCGCUCCUCAGCCCCAAAAGGAAUACGGCGCUCCCCAGCCCCAGCAGGAGUACAACGCGCCAGGUCCCCAGAUCCAGCACGGCUCCUUCAAGCCGUCGCAGGGCGACCACGAGCCGCAGGCUGAGUACGGGGCGCCGCGCCCUCAGGCGCCGGCACAGUAUGGCGCCCCGCAGCCCCAUCAGGGCUACGGCGACGCCGGUCACGCGGGCCCCGAGCCGUGCUGUAAGGGGCCGUGGCGGCCCAUCACCAGUCAGAAGCCGCACUACGGUUGAUGGGGCCAGUAGCCAUCCGCGUUAUGUACAUACCCCCUGUUCCACUGUACAUAGGUCGCCUGCGUGCGUGUGUGGCGAGCGAGCUGUUAUUGGUGGCGCCCGGCGGGCGCGUUGUGAGUGGUCGUUACCCCGCGAGCUGUUUGUGGUGCCCUCCUGACGGGCAGUGAUGGUGUGCGCGCGUGUAUGGGUGACGCGCCAUGUGGCCGUGCCGGGCUGGGCAUCACGCACCCAGUCUGUGUCAAAGUCCGCAGCGAGGAAGCCAACGCCACUCGGGGCCCGAGAGUCUGGCCGACUCUUGUAUUUCGCGUCUGCCAGUGUCAGUUGAUAAUAAAAGAGCUCUGUACAA